AUGUUCCGCACCGCACCUCGCAUGGCUGGGUUCGUGUUCCGUGAGAACCGUGUCCCCUAUUACCAGCGUCUUUUCCAGAAGCAUGACGGCAAGCGUCAGUGGUACAAGACCGAGCGCAGCAACUACGUCAUGUACCCCUACCUCAUCUCCGUCUACGGUCUCGGCAUUGCUACCACCUAUGCCAUGGGUCGCAUGGUCUUUGGCCACAAGACCUGGUUCGGUAAGGAGUAAACGACUCGUACCUUGACAAACUGGCACCAGCAGCGUCUCUCGAUUGACAUUCCUUGACCCGGUUUGGCGAUGCGUCCGGGAUAUUGUACUGGGAUAAUUGAGAGGAAGACUGGGAUUAUCGACGUUGUACAUAAGUUAAGCUAGGGCGUCAAUGUGUGAAACCUUUCCUCGACUAUCCUGUUCUGACUCGAACAUCCACACCACUCGUGGCUCGUGCGACGUGACUUGUGAAUUAGACGUGUACUUGGGGCACGGGAAGCUUCUGGGUUUCUGUAGACCGAAACCUUAAGCAUGAAAUGUGUCAUUGUUCAGCAAUCAUUGUUCGACGAGAUUCGCCAGCUGCCAAAUCAGCAUCUCGCACCACUUGGGAUCUAGCAUCAUCCUCUGAAGCAAGUCUG